AUGGAGGAUUUAAAAUCAAUAUGUGAAGUUGAACAAAAUUCUUUCUGUGUGGAAUUACUCAAGCGACUCAACUUGCAACGAAACCAGAAUUAUUUGUGCGACAUAACCUUGGUGGCGAAAGAAGGAAACGAGUUCAGGGCCCAUAAGAAUGUGCUGUCGGCGGCGAGUCCGUUCUUCGUGAAACUUCUUCAGAGCAAGAUGAGAGAGAAGGACGAAGGAGUCAUUAGGUUCGAGGACAUCUCAGGGUUGAUCCUUGCAGAUGUUUUGGAGUUUAUCUACACAGGAAGUGUCGAGAUAAAUGAAACGAAUGCCACUGAUCUGAUUAUUGCGGCGGAAUAUUUACUCAUUGAAGGUUUAAAAACCAAAUCAGGGCGCUUUCUUGAGCAACAAAUUACUAGCUCAAAUUGUAUUUCAACUUUUCGCUUCGCUGAGAAGUAUCGAUGUCAAGAAUUAGUUGCUAAUAGUACAAAGUUCAUACUCGACAACUUCGCCUCCGUAGCAGAAUCAGAGGAAUUCUUAAACCAAAAAGCGGAAGAGGUUGAGAAGUGGAUUUCAAACGACGAGAUUCGUUUAGCGACUGAAGAAGACGUCCUCAAAAUAAUACUGAAUUGGAUCGAACACCGCAAAAGCGAGCGAAAAGAUAAGUUCAAAAAGCUUUUUGGACAAGUUCGACUAGUUUUGCUAUCGCGUGACUCUUUGCUAACUGUCGUUACGCACGAACUGGUUCGACAAGACUCUGAAUGUUUGACGAAAGUAUUGGACGCCAUAGAUGUAGUUCGUACCGCAAGCGAGGAUAUCAUUAAUCAGUCACCAAGAAAAAGACUUGAGACACAAGCCAUUGUAGUCGGCGGAGGGAAGUACCUUCUCUGUUACCUUCCACUGCUCCCAGAGAAAGACGCUUGGAAAAGUAUGUCCUAUCUCACAAAAGAGCAGCAAAACCUAAGUCACAGCACAAAGAUGAUAAACUUUCAUGAUCAGUUGUAUACCAUUAGUGGCUACCACGCUCAAAGAUAUGACCCUGUUUUUGACAUUUGGGCGACUUUGAGGCUGGAUAUGUCCCACGGUACAAAAUAUGUGGGUGUUUGCCGAGGGGAGCUCUAUGCUAUAGACAUUGAUAAUAAGCGGGGUGUUUGCCGAGGGGAGAUCUAUGUUAUACGCGUUGAUAAUAAUGAAACUGCUGGUAAAACAUCCACUGUGAAAAAAUUCGAUGUGGAAUCGUACUCAUGGCAGACUGUUCACUCCUCCAAUUGGGGCUGCAGGUAUGACUCUUGUAUUGUUGCAGCUGGGAACUGUCUUUAUGUUUUAGGUGGAGAUGCAACGAGAAAUUAUUCAAACCCAGAGUAUGUUACAGUGUCUGAAAGAUUUGACAUUAUUGGAAAUCAGUGGGAGAAAAUUGCAGACAUGCAGCAGGGAAGGGCCUAUGCAUUUGGCGUGGCUUUUCAAGGCAAAAUUUUCGUCGCAGGAGGAAAAGACAGAAGCCAGAAGGAACUUAAUAGUUGUGAGGUGUACAAUAUCACUACCGAUGAGUGGCAGUUUGUUGGAAGCUUGAAUGUUCCUCGUUCACACGGAAGCAUGCUGUGUGUGAAUGGAACAAUUUAUGUGCUCGGUGGUUCAUUGCCUAGAUACGCGAAUGCAUACACAGUGGAAGUCUAUGAACCAGUGGGGAACAAGUGGACCCAGAAGACCACUAUACCGGUUGAAAGAAUCCCUGAAGAAGAAAGGAAGUCAUUUUCAGGCUGUGCACUGAAACUCUCCAGAGGAGUGCUUGAUAGAGUAAAGAGAUCAAGUUCUUGGAGGUUUUAACAAUGUUUUAUUCGGUGAAACUACUGACAUACAGGAGCUGAAACAAAAUCCCUUUCACAAAAAAUCCAAGAAAUGUAUGCUAUAACUGACCAAACAUACAAACUGUAUGCCCCCUUGAAGGGAAAUGUCUGCAAACAAACGCCCUGUACAAAGCCAAGCUUGCCUCCCACUUUAGAGAACGUUACAGAAACCAUGGAUCAUUCUUCGACUCAAUAGCAGACGAAAUGAAACCGGACUAUCUAAACACAUAUGGUCACUUUAGGUCGCCAACAAACCUUUUAAAGUAAAAUGAAAAAUGCCAGCCGUACAGUAACAUUAACAAGAAAUGUGGCCUAUGUCUCUUUGAACAGUUUGUAAUUAUCUACAGAAAAUAUCUCUGCACCCUAAAUAAGCGCAAUGAAUUAGCAAGUUCAUAUCCCCACAGGAACAAAUAUGCAGUCCAAAACUUUAAGAAUUUGGUUUCACAACUACUACCUAGCAACAGCCUUUGCCUUGUAUAAAGCGCCAGCAUUUGAAUUUUAUCGGGCGUUCGCUGUAAUUGCCUGAUGAGUGUUGCCAUUUUUGAUUAUAUGAAACAGUAUUGUAGCAAUAAAGUAAUGAACUACCUCUGAAGUCUUGAAGUAAUAUAUCAAACAUGAGAUGCAGUGUUUCAUCACCAGUUCUCAAACUCAUUAAUAAUUCAUUAAGAAAAUACAAAGGAAAUUAAUGUUUAAUGAGUGUUUGGAAAUCGGAUGAAACACUGCUUAGUAUUUGCAUCCUUAAUUUCUCCUUCAAAAAUGAUUUUGUUUGAGAAGAAAUAUCAAACAUUCGACACAGUGUUUCAUCACCAGAUGAAACACCUCGAAGUUCGUCAAAAAUACUCCGCUGCGCGUCGUAUUUUCAACUCUCUUCUCGGUGUUUCAUCUGGUGAUGAAACACUGCAUCUCAUGUUUGAUAUAUUACAUGAAAAAAAAUGUUAGGGAUGGAAGGAGGGGGAAGUUGGAGUAAAUUGUGUAGCCUGGGAGGGCGGGUUUCAACAGUGGCUCUAAUACUGGACGGUGUGAUGUAGUUAAUCUCUUUUUGUUUGGAGUAAAUUUGGCCCCAGUGCUCUGUCCUUGAAAAGGAUUUUCUGGGAUUUAAAUGGGGUUGGUGUUGUAAAGGAAAGGUAGCCAAUGUUUCAUAGGUCCCGUGUUCACCCCAUUUGACCCUUCUACAUGUGUAAUUAUAGUCAAGAGGAAAUGAAUGUGAUAGUGAAUAACUGCAGGCGAACAUGCAGCUAACCCAUGCCAUCUUUAAUAAUAAGUGUGAAGUGUGUCAUUAGUACUGAGUGGAUGAAAUGGUAGGGGAGAAUGCUGCAGUGAAAAUAACAAUUAAAUGCUGGUAAUUUGAAAUAUUUAUUGUUAAGUGAACUACAUCAAUGAGAGUGUUUGCUCUUGUUGUAGUACAUAAUCACACUUGACAAUGAAUUGUUUGUAACAGUAACGUUCAAACAUAAUCACUUACACUAAAAUAGAAAUUGCAUGUAGCAAUGUCAUUAAGGAUGCAGUUGAGGAGAAUCAACAGUGAUCAUGACUCGUGAUCAUUGAAUAUGCAAUAAAAUACCCUCAUGAGCACCGAAUUAUUCGUGUAAAAAGUACCAAAUCAUGUAUGUGUUCAUAGUUAUUUGUGUACAUGCAUGAGAAACAAAUACCCAUGCAAGAGUGAAAUUGUAUGAAAUGUCCACCUACAAGUCAUGUUGAAGGUGAUCAGUUUUUCAAUUCUCAACAUGCAUGAGCUUGUUGAGACAUGGUUGCCAGAGGCAUAGUUCUUUAAAUUUCCAGACUAAGAGUCGAAUGUACACUUUUCCCUGACCAAAAAUGAAUUGACAAUUUGUCAAGAUAUUUUUGGAUUCCAAAUUCCAGUCAAGACUUCGUGUACUGGACACAGAAGACGUUUGAAAAAAGACUUCUUUGUUUUUUGUUCAGGGAAAAUCUGCUUGGUAUUGUUUCAAGGGUUUUGUUCUUUUGUUUUAUGUCAUCUACCAGUCCGGUAUACAAAAUAAAUGCCCAAAGUCCCAUCACAGCCAUCCUCGGCCUCUCCACUUAUUUAUUAAAUGAAUUUAUCGUGAAGGUAAAGUGGAGAAUGGAUUGAUCUUACAGGAAACCUUAUAUCGGUUUGUCGUUUAAUUUCUUGAAGCAAUAUUCUGCCAAUGGAACAUGUUUAACUUCGGUGAAUAUGCAGGAAUAUGUCACCUCCCCCUGACUUAUUUGUAAGAGUUAAAUUUUCCCUUACUUAUACUGUAAUUCCGUGAAUUGUUAAAUUGUCCCUUACGUUUUAGUCUACAGUCGAACUUCUCUAAUACGAACACCGAAGGGACAGAGCGAAGUGUCCGUAUGAGAGAGGUGUUUGUAUAAAAGAGGUCACUACGAUCACGUCACUUUUAUGACUUCACUUACAGUUUUAAGUGUAUUUCCUGUCGUCGCUUCUCUUUCUCCGAAAAGGAGGAAAUUAGAAACUAGAGCCGAAAAAAACCGGAUGCUCUCGCAGGCUACACUGUGUCGGUCUUAAUGGGGGACGCUGUCCAAAAGGAUCGCAGCCCUCCUUCGACGAGAACAAUUAUCGAAACGACAUUUCGUACGCGUACAAGUCAUUUCGUUUUUCAUUCCAAAUGAAAUUCUCUUUUUGCGACGGAAUUUCAUUCUAGUAUCAUGUUAACUGGAAACGAACUUUGUUCCGACUUGAAAAUCGCAAGUCAUGUUUAUCGUCUGAAGUGAGUGGCGCGUGCGUGUCUGAUCUGGCGCGAAAACCACGCGCCUUAGGCUGGGUCGUUCGAUUCUAUCAUGUGAAUACAGUGGACGCUCUCUUCGCCUCUCAUUUUUCUCUUUCCCAUAGUCCCUUGCGCUUCGUUAACAGUCACUGCGUGUCACUCGCGUUUCGCGCUCAACUCUGUGCGAAAAACGAAGCACCUGAGGAGGAGGCAGACUCUGGAAUGAAACUCAUUCCGGAAUGAAAGUCAGUCCGGUAUCAUAUAAACAGCCCCUUAGAGAGUCAACAAAAAGGAGUAAAGAAGGCAUGUAGAGUUGACUGUAGAUCAAAGAGGUUUUUUCUUCAAUCCUCACAAUGCCUUUGACCUGUGAUAUACGGUAUCAAGGAUAUAGGAUGAGGAAAAUAGAGGGAAAAACCCAAGCGACACCUGUAUGGAUGAAAAUAUUGCAUUUCUGUCCUAACCACCCUUCUAAAUCGCUCCUAAGUAAGACGAAAAUUUGCGAUUUACACCCGUACUAAGGCAGACGACAAGCAUUCACGUCUCUUUCAUACGAGAGUCCAGAAGAAAGAUGAUGUUAAUUACAGCUGUAAUUAAUGUCAUGAUGAAUUUCAAUUAAAUUAUAUUACUGGCUGCAUGGAGUCAAUAAAACGCCGACUCGGUGUUGGGGCCUUCUCGAAAAUCCGGGUAACUUUCGGGCCCAAAGCCAAUAUCCAAAGACUAAGAGAACUAUUCUUUAAUCUUAGGUCUAACAAAUUAUUCCAUUUUGUUUUGUUACACGCCGGUAAGAUAAUAGCCCAUUUUACAGUUACAGGUGGAAACGAGGCUGGAGUUGAUCUUGUUUUAAUUCAACCCCUUCUUCUUUAUUAUGUUGCUCUCAUGCUAACUAGUGUUUUUUAGCCAAAUUUGCAUUAGAAAAAGCAGGAGGUUUGUAUCAAAACAAGGUUAACCUCAACCUCACGUUCACUCAUGACAAGGGCUAGGACAAUAAGCCCACAACUGCAAAAUGGCCUAUUGAAACCACGAGUCUCCAGAUUUUUUUUCGAAACAAUACCCUCAUACAUAUUACAUUCGGAAGACAAACCAAAAGAACAAAAUACCGGUGAAUACUGAAAUGGCUGUGAAAUGAAGCUUUUAAUCGAUGAGAAAUCAACUGAAUCGAGACUAGACACUAUUCUUAGAAGUUCAGUGGAAGUUGCCAUCACGUUCCAUUCACUCCUAUUCCUGACGACAGCUGUGUACUAGUCCGGGCUUGUUUGCUAUCAGUCACUGGCCUGGGAAAAAUGGAGGAUUUAAAACCGAUUUGUGAAGUUGAACAAAGUUCUUUCUGUGUGGAAUUACUCAAGCGACUCAACUUGCAACGAGGUCAGAAUUAUUUGUGCGACAUAACCUUGGUGGCGAACGGAGGGAAAGAAUUCAAGGCCCACAGAAAUCUGCUCUCGGCGGCGAGUCCGUUCUUCGAGAAACUUCUUCAGAGCGAGAUGAAAGAAAAAGAAGAAGGUGUUAUUAGGUUCGAGGACAUCUCAGAGUUGAUUCUCGCGGAUAUUUUGGAGUUCAUCUACACAGGAAGUGUCGAGAUAAAUGAAAAGAACGCCACUGAUCUGAUUAUUGCUGCGGAAUAUUUACUCAUUGAAGGUUUAAAAACCAAAUCAGGGCGUUUUCUUGAGCAACAACAAAUGACUUGCUCAAAUUGUAUUUCAACCCUUAACUUCGCCGGGAAGUAUCGAUGUGAAGAAUUAGUUAUCAAUAGUACAAAGUUCAUGCUCGAAAACUUCGCCUCCGUAGCAGAAUCCGAGGAAUUCUUAAGCCUGAAAGCGGAAGAUGUUGAGACGUGGAUUUCAAAUGACGAGAUUCGUUUAUCAGCUGAAGAAGACGUCCUCAAAAUAAUACUGAAUUGGAUCGAGCACGACAAAAGCGAGCGAAAAGAUAAGUUCAAAAAGCUUUUUGGACAAGUUCGACUAGUUUUGCUAUCGCGUGACUCUUUGCUAACUCUCGUUACGCACGAACUGGUUCGGAAAGACCCUGAUUGUUUGACGAAAGUAUUGGAAGCCAUAGAUGUAGUUCCCACCGCUAGCGAGGAUAUCAUUAAUCAGUCACCAAGAAAAAGACUUGAGACACAAGCCAUUGUAGUCGGCGGAGGAGAGUACCUUCUCUGUUACCUUCCACUGCUUCCAGAGAAAGACUCUUGGAAAACUAUGUCCAAUCUCACAAAGCCACAACAAAACCUAAGCCAAUACACAAAGAUGAUAAACUUUCAUGAUCAGUUAUAUACCUUUAACGGCUGCAGCACUCAAAGAUAUGACCCUGUUUUUAACAUUUGGGUGACUUUGGAGCUGGGUAUUUCCCACCGUACAGAAUAUCUGGAUUGCCGAGGGCAACUCUAUGCCAUACACAUUGAUGAUAGUGAAACUACCGGUAAAACAUCCACUGUGAAAAAAUUCGAUGUGGAAUCGUACUCAUGGCUGUCUUUUCACUCUUCUGAAUCGGGCUGCCGGUAUGACUCUUGUAUUGUUGCAGCUGGUAACUGUCUUUAUGUUUUAGGAGGAGAAGCAACGAGAAAUUAUUCACACCCAGAGUAUGUUACAGUGGCUGAAAGAUUCGACACUAUUGGGCAUCAGUGGCAGAAAAUUGCAGACAUGCAACAGGAAAGAGGCGAAGCAUUUGGCGUGGCUUUUCGAGGCAAAAUUUUCGUCGCAGGAGGGAAAGACAGAAGCCGGAAGGAACUUAAUAGUUGUGAGGUGUACAAUAUCACUACCGAUGAGUGGCAGUUCAUUGGAAGCUUGAAUGUUCCCCGUUCUCACGGAAGCAUGCUGUGUGUGAAUGGAACAAUUUAUGUGCUAGGUGGUUCACGGCCUAGAUACGCAAAUGCAUACACAGUGGAAGUCUAUGAUCCAGUGGGGAACAAGUGGACCCAGAAGACCACCAUACCAGUGGAAAGAAUCCCUGAAAAAGAAAGGUCGUCAUUUACAGGCUGUGCAAUGAAACUCUCAAAAGGAAUACUCGAUAAAAUUGAAUAA